AUGUAUAUUCUCUUUUAUCCAGAAGAUGUGACAGAUUUCGAAGGUCAGAGCUUCGCAUUCCGGUUAGAUAUUGAGUGUGGUGGUUAUAUUUCAGAAGAUGAAGCAGCAAUAAAUUUUUGUACCUAUCGUGUUCUCAUGUGUAAAUGUGAAUUCGCCGAUUUGUACCUAGAAAGUGACCAAUGUGAUGGAAUGGCAUCAGCAUACGGUAGAAGUAAGUUAUGGUUUUUAAGAGUCUCGAAAGACAUGUUGCCCGAUUUAGACAAAUCCACAUUAGCUGAUUUGGGAGUAACGGCAGUUGGUGACCAGUUAGCCAUUUUACGGAAGGGUAGGGAUGCGUCGUUUGACAUGGGUACUGAUUCAACUGCUAAACUUCGUGUACACAUAACUGGACCUGCAGAAGGUCCUGAAACGUUGUCGAAUGGCUCCGCAGCAACUGGAGAACUGCGCAAGGGUAAGCUUCCUCCGGAUCGUCACGAGAUAUAUCACGUCAAAAUGCCUGAGGGAGAGGAAGCGAGGUUGGUUGAUCCCGUAAUAACACGUUUGGGUGUGCGAGGAUUGCAUUCUGACGGAGCUUCUAAAAUAAUUAGUGGAAGAGUUCAAAAACGGAGUGUUCAAACUUCGGAAAACUUGCGUUUGCCUCGAUCAACAGAUGAUGUUGCGAUUCGAGUUCGAAUUCCUUCAAGCAGCGAAGUAGAAGAGAGGGUUUUCAGAAAGAGACCAAUGGCAUCACCUGAUUAUCUGGUAGAAGAUGAUUUAUCAGCAGAAGACGAGGAGUUUGUAGACGAUGAAAUGAUAUGGGACGAAGAGGAUGACGAAUUCGAUGUGGUGGAGUACGUUGAAGAUACUCGUCCAAGUGUAUACAACCGUAUAUCUAGGGAAUCGAAUAGCGAAGCGUUAAGUUUCACGAGAUGUCUAUUCUACAUAACUGAGCAACGUCGUCGGAUUUUACAACUACGACGAUAUGCAUCCAAGCAACUGGAUGUCAUUGAUUGUCCUGUAGAAGCACGAAGUUGUCCUAGAGUCUAG